AUGUCGAAGAUAGGUUUCGAUUUAAGCCACAAAAUAGACUUCAUUCGUAACCAGAUCCACAGUUUCAUCCUCCUCCAAAGCCAGGCCCCCAAUAUCCUCUCCCACCAGAAUCAGCAAAAGGACCAUUUCGCCCUUCAACACAACCUUAAUUUCCACCCCGUUCCUUCCGCCCAACCAAAUUUCGCGGUCCAUCCCCCGGAGAAUUAUGGGUACCGCCCGGCUACCCAUCAGCCUCCCCCGUCUCAGCAGCAUCAUCAACCAUCACCGCCACCCCCGCAUGCGGUGGUGAAGACGAGUAAUGUGGCCACUGCUAGUGUCGCUACCAGUGGAAACCCCAAAGAGAGGGAUGAGGAAAGAAGAAAAUGA